CACGAUUUGCCUCCCCAAACCAGCAUAUCAAAUCACAUACAUAGUACUAUUUCCUCUACUUUAGAUUCAGUUUCAUCUCAUUAUCUAGUAUCACAUCUAUUUGGAGACCCAUUCUUACGCACAUCCAAACAUGGCAGCCUCAAUCGCCCCCGAAUGCAACGAGAUCAAAGAGAAAUACGACACCUGCUUCCUGAAGUGGUACAGUGAGAAAUAUCUCCGCGGCAACACCACCUCCAAUGACUGCGAGGAGCUCUUCACCAAGUACAAGACCUGCUUAAAUGUCGUCCUCAAAGAGAAGGGCAUCGAUUCCAUGCUCGAGGACGCCCGGAAGAGCACGACCAAGGAAUUCGACGCCGAGACUCUUCGGCGAGGUUGAGGUCUCCGCGCAUCUCAUGCCAAUUCCUUUCUUCUUUGACUCCGUGGAUCUAAAUCAUCUCUUGCUCUCUCUUCCUGGGAAACAGCUACUUCAUCUCUCCACCCUCCCGUCAAGGAGGGGUGAUGAGAAAGUAGGUAUUUUGGCGCGUUAAUUCUUCAGGACAUGUACAGGGCAAAAAAGGAGGGGGGCGGUCAAACCCACUCCAGAAAAACUCCUGAAAACCUCAAAUUCUCUUACUCACUCAUCCAUAUCUCAUCUCAUCCCGUCUCCCUCCUCACUGUUAUAUAUGGCAUGGCUUGGGAGGAGGAGGGCCGGGGUUUGCUUGGUUUCCUCUUUUCUUGAUCAAGACAUUAGAGUUGUGCUGUUUACUUACGUGUAUUAUAUUUUUUGAUGUACCAUCAUGUGUGAUACGAUGUUUGAACAACAUGCAUUCUGUAUU